AACUUCCCGUCAGUCAUUUUGUUCUGUGGCUGUAUUUUCACGGUCGUCGAAAUCUUAAAAAAUCUUUGUCAUCGAUAGGUUUUAUUUAAAGUGACAUUAUGAGUUCUCGAAUGCCUGAAUUAGGCUCGAAAAUAAGCCUAAUAUCUAAAGCUGACAUCCGUUAUGAAGGCCGACUUUUUACCGUCGAUCCCCAAGAAUGUACCAUCGCUCUGGCUAGCGUUCGAUCCUUUGGUACUGAGGAUCGUGAGACACAGUACCCUGUAGCACCCCAGAGCCAAGUGUAUGACUACAUCCUCUUCCGUGGAUCCGACAUCAAGGACAUCAGUGUGGUCAACAAUGUGCAGUCCUUGCCAAAUGAUCCUGCCAUUAUGCAGAUGUCGGUGCCACCAUCGCUUGGAGGUGGCCAGGCCCCGCCAGGCCAAUUUGCGGGGCAGUUCGCUCAUCCAGUUGUUGGUCAGACGCAGUACGCCCAAUACCAUCCAAUGGCAGGGUUCCCGGGCAGUGUUCAUGCUCCAAUCAACAAGACCAGUGAGUUGUCUCCACAAACAUCGGUGGAGCUAGUCCUGCAGCCCCAACCUGUGACUGCUCCAAUCGGAUCAGGGGUGGCACACCACUCCCAUCAAGUGAAAGACCAAGGUUCUAUGCUUGACCUUAUUGGUGGGUCUCAGCAAAAUGCUUCACGCUCUGGAACUCCUGCUGUUGGUGGCCACCGAAAGAGCCCUACUGCAGAUCAAGGAACUCAGCAGGUGGGGUCCGUUGCGGGAGGCUCGGGCCAACAGCGGGACAGCCGUCGUGGCAGUAGCUCUGGAGCAGGCGGUCAGAAGCAACAACCCAACCGCAAUAGGACAAAUUCGCGUAACCGACAGCGGUAUCCGAGUGGCGGUGCCAACACGGCCCCCGGACCCCAGCAGCAUCAGCAGCCCCAGCACCAGAAUGCUCAACUCCAACAAGGCCAAGGUCAUCACCAUCACCAGCCUGGUCAAGGGUAUGCACGAGGCGGUUGGAGAGGACGGCCGCGCGGUCGUGGGCGCGGGUUCGUACAGCGGAACAAGAACACUCUUAAAUUUGAUAAUGACUACGACUUUGAACAAGCAAAUACUGAGUUUGAGGAGCUGCGCAGCCAACUUGCGAAGACUAAGAUUUCUGAUGGGGAAGUAAAGACAGAGGGUGCUGAGGUGGAUAAGAAGGAUGAUUCUGGAAAUGAGACUGGCGCUGGCGAGGCGGAGCUUGAAGAUGAUGGUUUCGCUGGAUACGAUAGGAAGAAGAGCUUUUUCGACAGCAUCUCCUGCGAGGCUGUUGAAAGGUCGAAGGGUCGCAGCCAGCGAACAGACUGGAGAACGGAGCGUAAGCUGAACGCAGAGACGUUCGGCGUUGCGAUGGCGCGGCGCGGUGCGUGGCGUGGACGGCCGGGCUGGCGACACCAGCCGCACCACAACCCGCACCACCAGCCUAUGUCGUACUUCCCCAGCUGGAGGCCGAUGCGUGGUGGCGGCCGCGGUCGCCCCAACCCCUCCAACCCCAACGUGAACGCCAACGGCAGCCGCCAGCCCAGGAACAGCGCGCCCUCCGCCAGCGCCGCGCCCGCGCCGCCCUCCGCACACUCCUUUCUUUUUCUUCCGAUUGUCAAGAUGGGUAUCGACAUCAACCAUAAACACGACAGGAAAGUUAGGCGCACCGAAGUCAAGUCUCAGGAUGUUUACUUGAGAUUGUUAGUAAAACUAUACAGAUACUUGGCUAGGCGUACAAAUGCCAAGUUUAACCAGAUCAUUUUGCGGCGUCUGUUCAUGAGCCGCAUCAACCGGCCUCCAAUCUCACUAUCGAGACUGGCCCGUCACAUGAAGAGGCCUACCCGUGAAGGUCUGAUCGCCGUUGUUGUUGGAACUGUUACCAACGAUGUGAGGCUUUACACGGUCCCCAAACUGACAGUGGCCGCACUCCACGUUACUGAGAAAGCACGCGCUCGCAUCUUGGCUGCUGGAGGAGAAAUCCUAACGUUCGACCAAUUGGCACUUCGCGCUCCCACUGGCCGUAAGACCGUGCUGGUUCAAGGUCGCCGCAAUGCACGUGAAGCAGUCCGUCACUUUGGCCCUGCACCAGGUGCUCCACGCUCGCACACGAAACCUUAUGUGCGUUCAAAGGGACACGAGCGCGCACGGCCAAGCCGUCGCUCCAACGUGUAAUCUUUAAAUAUAAGGAGUACAACCUAA